AUGAAUGUCACAAAGGUUACGUUAGUUAUGCUCGCUUAUUAUGUGGUAGCAACAGAAGCGAAUGCGACUGCGGCGGACAACUCAACUUUAUUAUCUGAGGAGAAAUCAAUGAGAAAACUUUCAAGGAAACGACGAUAUAUUGUAUUCCCCGUGGGCUCAAGUUUUUCGGUUGCUUGCUGCCUCACUGUUGGGAUGUACGGUAAUCCGAGUUAUGAUUGGAUCAGUUGGGCCAUCAAUUGGGGCAUCGCCUACAAUUUGCCGAACGAAACUUAUGCAGCAACGUUACGUCGCAAGGCAGAAGCCGAUAUGCCGCGUUCCGUCACUCAACGUCGCUUCCGUCGUGAUUUGUACAAUCAAAUGGAGAUUGCGAUGGAUAACAUGGGUCACAACGGCAGAGAAUGUAUCCUGCGGGCACUUUGCGAAAGUUCCCAACUUUUCGGCAAAAAAGGCACGACAAUGGUAAAGGAGUUGCUACGAACGGCAUUUAGUUUACCCACAACGAAAGUUCUACCUUUCGAGCAUCCCGAUUUAAUUACGUACGACGAGGCAUUCCGGCGAGGCAAACGAAAUAUUUACUGUGCCAUGGCAUACCCGAAUUGCGGAUUUUCAUUACAUGGAAUUGCCUUGGGCAAAUAUUCAGAUCCGCCGAAAAAUUUUAUGUGA